AGUGAAUAAGCACAUUUGUCAUAACCGGUGUCCAAAUAUCUCGAGUCACUGUUGCCAAACGAAUGCUGAACACCGCGUUGGACCUGUCAAACUUUCGUGGUUAGGAUAAUUUGUUAAAAUACUUUGUGUUCGUUUUAUGGAUGUGUGAUAAUGAGACUUUGAGACACCAAAACAGUGAAGUCUGCCUUUUUCGAGUCGAAAACUCAAGAUAGAUUUACGUUUGUUUACAGUAGCGUUGCGUUUUUGUUUGUAAACAACACUUUGUUCUGAAUCAGUUGCCAUGGCUAAUGGAAGUUCUUACACCGUUCAGCUGUACGUUUAUGACCUGUCAAAAGGACUGGCCCGUCAGCUGAGCCCCAUGAUGUUAGGAAAGACAGUCGAGGGAAUAUGGCACACUGGAAUAGUGGCUUACGGGGAAGAGUUUUUCUUUGGAGGAGGAGGUGUUACAAGCUGCUAUCCUGGUUGUACUAUUCUUGGUAUGCCUGAUUCCACAGUGGACCUAGGAAACACAGAAGUUCCUCGGGACCUUUUUCAGGAAUAUCUGUCUUCGCUCGGGGAGUCCACUUAUAGACCUGAAAAAUACCACCUUUUUGAACACAACUGUAACACCUUCAGCGCUGAAGUUGCGCAGUUUUUAACAGGAAAAAAGAUUCCCUCAUACAUCACGGAUCUUCCAUCUGAAGUGCUCUCUACACCUUUUGGACAAGCGCUCCGUCCUCUUCUGGAUUCAAUCACCGUCACUCCAUCCGGGAACAAUGGCAUGAAUGGAUAUGGCCAGAGGUAGAAGAUCUGGCUGCAUCUAAGAAUGUAUUAAUACAGCAGUCAUGAAGAGUCACAUUGUGCCUUUCAAGAUCAAAAAUAGCUUUUAUAUAAAGCAGGGCUUUCAGUUUCUCUGCUCAGUGCCUUUUCAUAAAGUGAUACAUUUUCACUCUCUUUUUUUAUGCUAUCUUCAGUGAUCUGCUGUGUAGACAGAGGGACCAAUUAAUCUGUAUUGUUGACUCUUUAGAAUAGAAUAUACAAAUCCACUGGGACAAACAACCAGUGGAUAGGAAAUGUGAAAGAGGACAUUUUUACCAGGACUGCAAAUGAAUUUUAAAAUAAACAAAAUCAUGUGGUAUAAUUGGAUAGAACACCCAAAAAUGAACAUUCUGUCUGUUACGCAUUUUCUGAGUUCAUGUUAAGCACAAAUAAAGAUAUACUGAGGAAUGUUGGAAAGUAGCAGCCAUUGACUUUUUUUGUUCCCACUAUGAAUGUCAUUUCCAACAUUCUUCAGAAUAUGUUGUUUUGGGUUCAACGGAUGUCAGAAAUUCAUAAAUGUUUAAAGUCCGCAUGAAACGGAAGCUGUGACAGCUUUUUUUUU